UCAGGAAAUGAGGGGCUGCCUGAGCCCCCGCUGUGCCCCAAUAAAAGCACCCCUUCACUGGGCUUGGUGGGGGAGCACUGCCUGUUUGAUGGGGGGGCAUUGCAUGCUUUUCUCUCCUGUACAACCCUGGGGGCACAGGGCUGGGGAAGCCUUGGGGACACACUGCUGUGGAUUGGCAGUCCCAGGUGAGGGGACAUGGGGGCCAGGCAGGGCUCUCUGAGCUCCCCCUGCCCCUCCAGCAGACCCUCACCCUCUUCCAGCUCUUCUGACCCAAGUUUGCUGCGUAAGUGGCUGUGCUCCUCCCCACGCUCCCCCUCGGCUCUGUGUCACUGGGCUAUGUCUCCCCUUUGGGCUCCCUCAGGGGCUGGAGGAUGCUGAGGGCCUCUGUCCCCCACCCUGAGUAGAGGGACAAGGCUGGGACAUUUUUGGGGCAGAGGCCCCAUCUCCUCUUCCAGCCUGGCUGUGGGCUGGAGGCGUGGGGAAAGCAAGGCACAGUCCAGCCAGACUGUCCUGGAAGGGCUGCACAGUGUCUCUCGCCUCCCGCUCUGCUCUCCCCAAGGGUUUUGCUGGGGGGUUAAGGCUGCACUGGCCCCACAGGAGCAGCUCAGCCAUGGCCCUCAAGCGCCAUGCAUUGGCCCUGAAGCAGCCAGACCACAGGGAAAAGAAAGUGAGGGGGGGAGAGGAGGAAGAUACCUGGAGCUCCACCUUGGCAGCCCUGAAAACUGCCCCCAAGGAGAAGCCCCCUGCCAUCAUUGAUGGGCUGUGCCCCCUGAGCACAGCACUGGGUGCCCUGGUCUAUGAAGACUAUGACUGCACCCUGAACCAGACCAACAUCAAUGCCAACAACAACAAAUUCUAUAUCAUCCAGCUCAUCGAGCACGAUGGUGCCUACAGUGUCUGGACCCGCUGGGGCCGUGUGGGCGAGGUGGGCCAGUCCAAGCUCAUGCCCUACGCCUCCCUGGAGGCUGCCAAGAAGGACUUUGAGAAGAAAUUUCACGAGAAGACCAAAAACAGCUGGGCAGCAAGGGAGAACUUCAUUGCCCAGCCGGGGAAGUACACACUCAUCGAGGUGCAGUCAGGAGCUGGGCAGGAGAUGGAGGUUGCCCUCAAGGUGGAUGGUGUGGACAGGGACAAGGUCUGCAAGCAGCGGGUGCUGCCCUGCACCCUGGACAAAGCCACACAGGACCUGGUGUCUCUCAUCUUCAGCAGCGACAUGUUCCAGGAUGCCAUGCAGACCAUGAAUAUCAAUGUGAAGAAGAUGCCGCUGGGAAAGCUGAGCAAGCAGCAGAUUGCGAGGGGCUUUGAGGUACUGGAGGAGCUGGAGGCAGCACUGCGGGAACAGCCCUCCCAGGCUGCCCUGCUGGAGGACCUCUCCUCCCGAUUCUACACCAUCAUCCCGCAUAACUUUGGGCGGGCACGGCCACCUCCCAUCAACUCCCCCGACCUGCUGCGUGCCAAGAAGGACAUGCUGUUGGUGCUGGCUGACAUUGAGGUGGCACAGAGCCUGCAGGCGCAGAAGGUGAAGGAGGAGGAGGAAGUUGCCCAUCCACUGGAUCAGGAUUACGCCCUGCUCUGCUGCCAGCUCUCCCUCCUGGACCCAGCUUCCUGGGAAUACCAGCUGAUCCAAAACUACGUGACACAGACUGGGCACAAGCUCCACAUCCUCAACAUCUGGCAGGUGGCCCGAGAUGGCGAGGAUGAGCGCUUCAAAGCCCAUGACCUCCUGGAGAACCGGCGCCUGCUUUGGCAUGGCACCAACGUGGCGGUGAUCGCAGCCAUCCUGAAGAGUGGGCUGCGCAUCAUGCCCCACUCAGGCGGGCGUGUGGGCAGGGGCAUCUACUUUGCCUCUGAGAACAGCAAGUCAGCCUGCUAUGUGGGCUGCACGUCCAAGAAGGUUGGCAUCAUGUUCCUGACAGAGGUGGCCCUGGGCAAGCCCUACCGCAUCACCUGUGAUGACCCCACGCUGUGUCAGCCACCCACCGGAUACGACAGUGUCCUGGCCUGCGGCCAGACAGAGCCGGAUCCUGCGCAGGAUCAGGAGGUGCUGCUGGACGGCAGGAAGGUGCUGGUGUGCCAGGGCAAGCCCAUCCCCAUGCCUGCCUACAAGAACUCCUCCUUCAGCCAGAGCGAGUACCUCAUCUACCAGGAAAGCCAGUGCCGGAUCCGCUACCUUGUCCAGCUCCGCUUCUGAGGGUGCCUGGGCACCCAGCAGCCCCAUCCCAGCACCAGCUGGUGAUGCUCCCCAGCCUGGAGCACCGUGCUCCGGACUCUCCAGCCACCCUACCUGAGGCUGGGCAAGAGACAGGCUGGCAUGGGGACAGAGCUUGUUUUGACCGUGAAUAAAACCAAUGUGCCUUGUA